ACGCGCGGGGGGCGGGCGCGAGCGCGAGCGGGCAGGCGGGCGGUGCUGCGGGGCCCCGCGGCCGCAGGCUCCAAUGGCGAGGCCGCCGCGGCCCCCGCUAAUUACAUAAGCGGGACGUCAAUAAUUCGCGGGAAAACGCGAAAAAGAUGGCGCCCCGCGCCCUGGGGGCCCCUUCCUGAGCGCCCCGGCCCCUCCCUCCCCCGCCUCCCCCCCUCCUCCCCGCGGCGCCCCCGCCCCGCCCCGCCCCCGCCGAGACCCCGACCCCGGCCCCACGGGCGGACACUCGGCCGGGCAGCCGCGGGCCGCGCGCAGCCGCCUCCGCCGUUGCGCCUGGUGGCCAGACUCCAAGUGGGACCGGCCGACACGCAGACUCGCGUGUCAGGGGAAGCUGAUGGAGAAUCGCUCUCUGGACCCAGGGACUCGGGACUCCUAUGGUGCUACCACCCACCUCCCCAACAAGGGGGCCCUUGCAAAAGCGAAGAACAACUUCAAAGACCUGAUGUCCAAGCUGACAGAGGGCCAGUAUGUGCUGUGCCGCUGGACCGAUGGGCUGUAUUACCUUGGGAAGAUCAAGAGGGUCAGCAGUUCUAAGCAGAGCUGCCUUGUGACUUUUGAAGAUAAUUCCAAAUACUGGGUCCUGUGGAAGGACAUACAGCAUGCUGGCGUUCCGGGGGAGGAGCCCAAGUGCAACAUCUGUCUGGGGAAGACAUCAGGGCCACUCAAUGAGAUCCUCAUCUGUGGGAAGUGUGGCCUGGGGUACCAUCAGCAGUGCCACAUCCCUAGAGCGGGCAGUGCGGACCGACCCCUGCUCACACCUUGGUUCUGCCGACGCUGCAUCUUCGCACUGGCUGUGCGGAAAGGCGGCGCGCUGAAGAAGGGCGCCAUCGCCAGGACGCUGCAAGCCGUGAAGAUGGUGCUGUCCUACCAGCCGGAGGAGCUCGAAUGGGACUCGCCCCACCGUACCAACCAGCAGCAGUGUUACUGUUACUGCGGCGGGCCGGGAGAAUGGUACCUGCGGAUGCUGCAGUGUCACCGGUGCCGGCAGUGGUUCCACGAGGCCUGCACCCAGUGCCUCAAUGAGCCCAUGAUGUUCGGAGACCGGUUCUACCUGUUCUUCUGCUCCGUGUGUAACCAGGGCCCGGAGUACAUCGAGCGGCUGCCCCUUCGAUGGGUGGAUGUGGUUCACCUGGCCCUCUACAACCUGGGGGUGCAGAGCAAGAAGAAGUACUUUGACUUUGAGGAGAUUCUGGCCUUUGUCAACCACCACUGGGAGCUCCUGCAGCUCGGCAAGCUCACCAGCACCCCCGUGACGGACCGAGGACCACAUCUCCUCAAUGCGCUGAACAGUUACAAAAGCCGGUUCCUCUGCGGCAAGGAGAUCAAGAAGAAGAAGUGCAUCUUCCGUCUGCGCAUCCGUGUCCCCCCCAACCCCCCAGGGAAGCUGCUGCCGGACAAGGGCCUGGUGCCCACUGAGAGCGGCGGCGCCUCUGAGCUGCGUAAGAGAGGAAAGAGCAAGCCUGGUUUGUUGCCUCACGAAUUCCAGCAGCAGAAAAGGCGAGUUUAUAGAAGAAAAAGAUCAAAGUUUUUGCUGGAAGAUGCUAUUCCCAGUAGCGACUUUACCUCAGCCUGGAGCACCAACCACCACCUGGCCAGCAUAUUCGACUUCUCGCUGGAUGAAAUUCAGAGCUUAAAAAGUGCCAGCUCAGGCCAGACCUUCUUCUCAGAUGUGGACUCCACUGAUGCCGCCAGCACCUCCGGCUCGGCCUCCACCAGCCUCUCCUAUGACUCCAGACGGACGGUGGGCAGCCGCAAGAGGAAGCUGGGGGCCAAAGCGUACCUGCCACUGCGGGCAAAGAGGCGGGCAGCCGAGCUGGGGGGGCGCUGCCCCUCAGACAGCAGCGCCGAGGCGGCUUCGGUCCCCGAGCGGCUGGAUGAAGGCAUCGACAGCCACACCUUCGAGAGCAUCAGUGAGGACGACUCGUCCCUGUCCCACCUCAAGUCAUCCAUCACCAACUACUUUGGCGCGGCCGGGCGGCUAGCCUGUGGGGAGAAGUACCAGGUGCUGGCCAGGAGGGUCACGCCCGAGGGCAAGGUUCAGUACCUGGUGGAGUGGGAAGGGACCACCCCUUACUGACUCGCUCCAGGAGAUGCCAGCAGCCGGGAAACCAACGGAGAGACCGUUCUCUCCAGGCUGGGGUCGGGGAGGAAAGCGCAACAGCUCCAAGUGCCUGGCAAGAGGCCCUUCCCGCCUGCCUGCCAGCCCGUGGCCUGCGCCGC